CCCCUCUGGUGAACCCGGAUGUGUAGGGAUACUCAGCGUUGUGUCGCCGUGGCACCAGGUGUGUGGAUCUCAGUGUGGUGACUGGUGCUGGCAAAGCCGUCAGGAUGAUGCGAGCAGGAGGCCUUUUGAAACUGGCAGUGCUGAUUUCUAUCUUAUUUUUAGCUGUAUUCCUGGCAUUUGAGCUAUUAGAGAGCAAUAUGAAUUUUAAUUUGGGGAAAGUACUUGCACGAUACGCACCUGCAGAGACUGUCCCCACCAAGCCUCCACGCCACAAAUGCAACCUUUCUAAAUCAUGUCCCGAGGACCAUUUUGCUUUUAAGAUCACCAGUGGAGCAGCCAGCGUUGUCGGCCCGAAAAUGUGUUUUCAAGACAAUGUAUUAAUGAGUGGAGUAAAGAACAACGUUGGACGGGGUAUAAACAUUGCUUUGAUCAAUGGCAAGACCGGUGAGCUCACCAAGACUGAUUCCUUUGACAUGUGGUCUGGAGAUGUGAACCAGCUUAUCAAAUUCUUGAAGGAAAUAGAAGACGGAAGCAUUGUCAUGAUGGCCACUUUUGAUGAUCCUGCAACAAAGCUAAACGAGGAGGCCAGAAAUCUGAUAACAGAAUUGGGCAGCUCAAGCAUCAGCAUACUGGGAUUUAGAGAUAACUGGGUGUUUGUUGGAGGCAAAGGGAUCAAGACAAAGAGCCCCUUUGAGCAGCACAUCAAGAACAACGCAGAGACCAACAAGUAUGAAGGCUGGCCAGAGGUUUUGGAGAUGGAAGGAUGCAUUCCUGUAAAACAUGAGUAGAAUCCACCUCUUACUGUAUUUCAGAUUAUUUAGCAUUUUCAUGUACAGCCUGGUGAGUUGAAGAGUUCAAAAUUGAACAUAUGCAAUGUUGCAUUGUUCGAUUAGCAUUGACAAUGAUGCAAGUAAGAGUAGAAUAUAGACUUUAAAUUUGUUGUUGGACUUCCUGUAUUUUGAAUCUUGCCAUUAGUGCUCCUGAGCAUUUGCAGCUCUAUUUUUGUAUUUAUUUUACAGGGUUCCCACUACUUUUGACCAGUGAGUUUCCAUUACUUUUCUUCCAAUUGUCCAUGUUCACUAAAUGGAUUGCACUCACAAAGACCAAUAUGUUGCCAGGUCAAUAUUUUACAGUUGAAAAUCACUAUAAAAAAUGUAUAUUCACCAUAGAAAUAUCCACAACUUCAUUAAUUGUUGUGAAUUUUCCAGCCCUGGAGUUCAGUCUUAAAAUUCCAUGCCUGUGGGAGAUCUGAUUUGUAGGGUUUGUUUUAAUAACUGGUCCAUAAACAGAAAGUUUUUAGCCAUUUGUGAGGUUUCAGUGUCAAAGAGAGAUAUUGAAUCAAACGAUUUACUGCAUGUUUUCUUGUCUACUGUUUUUUUUUCUUUCCUCCAAAAAAAUAAAUGGAGAGGGUUUGCGCUCAUAUUUAUCACUGCACUAUGACACUCGAAAUGUUGAUCAUACUGGAUUGAAGUUAAAUGGCUGAGGGCUGCUGUCACCAAAAUGUAUUUAUUUCUUUGUUAAUGGUAAUAUUUAUUUUUCUACUGGCAAAGGUAUUUUGACUGCUGGACUUUAUUCCUGAAGGUAAAUAACGAAGAAUCUUAUUUGAAAUCCUUGAAUUUAAAAACUGCCCAUAUUUGUGGUGUGUGAUGGGUUGAGUUAUUGAUUUGUGUUGGUUUUUGACCGUUUGCUGUUUAACUACUGUUUUCAGCUUUAUGCCAUUUAUCCUGAGCUUUUGGGAAUGUUGUUACAUAUGGGAAGUUCAAAAAUGUAUUGUGUUGAUAGUUUGUGUGGUUUCUGCACAUUCUGAGAUUAUUUAAGCGGUAUGUUUUAGUGUUUAUAGCAAGCAAUAACAAUAUAUCAUACAAUAUAACUGCUUUUAUUCCUAAUUGUGCCUUCUGCAGUGUCAAUAAUGUUGCUUUUCCAAGUAGUAAUAUGUACCAUAAUUAUUAAGGAAUUAUAAUUCAAAACUGAUUUCUACUUGUUAAUUUUAUAAUUCCCUGCACAAUUUUAACUAAAUACUGUGAAGUUGUGGAUUGAAACUCAUUCCUUUUGUGAGAAAACCAGUUGUGUGCCUUAUUUACCACAAUUAUCAAAUGAUUUUAUCUACUUUUUUUUUUCUUUUUUUUUUAAGAGUUUUGUGAGAAAUCAUUGUUGCUGCAUGUCAUACACAUUAACAUGUAAAGCUGUUUUAAGGAUUUCUUUUAGUCUAAAUGAAAUUUAAAUCAAGUAAAUUGUGUGAUUGCCGAGUCUUUCGUAAUGGCUGUAAGAUUUUUUUUUUGUAAACAAAUGUUUCAUAUUAAAACGAAGCUGAGCAAAUGGUUGUUGCUUUCAUUCUGGGUUUUGUUUUACCUCUGUUUAGAUUAAGGCUGAGAACCCCCAAGAAUAACCCUAGCAUCUGUUCUGCCUCAUCAAAGCAUGAUGCACACAUCCAAAAUGGUACAUGUUUAUAAAGGACUUUGUAGAUUCUUGGAAGGUGUCCAUUCGGAUCUCAUUAGCCUAAGAAAAGACCAGAGUUUCAAAGCACACAGCUGCACAAGAAAGGGAUGGUAAACUUCACUCUGCCAUCUUAACUGAUGAAAAUCAUUUCUCUCAAUAACAGAUUUAUUCCAUUCUGAAAAUAUCAAAAUAUAUAGGUACUGAUGUAGGCAACAAUAUAAUGUACAGACCCAGUCUAUACAAAUGUCAAUGUGCUGAGAACUACCUUUUAUGCCAUCAAUGAAUACCUUAUAUUCUGACAAACUCGUCUCAACAUACUAAUUCUCUAAAACGAAUGACUAAGCGGGAAGUU